CUGGCGGUUUCGUGGCCCGCUCCGCCCAGUCUCUCCGUUAUCAUCAUCCGCGCCACCGGUCGGCUCGCGUGCAGGAGACAAACAACCCCCACGACCAUGAGAAGCACGUGUCCCUUUUAGCUCACAACAUCUAUUUGACAUCAUCGCCCAGCAGCUUUGACGACAUCUGAUACUGACGAUAAACUUUUCUAGGGCUCAAUUCUUAUCAAGACAAAUCGCUAUUUUAUUAGUGUUUUCUGGCCAUUGUCUAGCCUCGCGAACUUUCAAUGGAGAUCGAUUUAUGUGAUACAAAACCCACUGUUGAAAUUCCAAGGGAGCGGUUGGGAAAGGAUCGGGUUCGGCCGAGGAGGGAGACGUUGCUUGCUGCGUUUGAGCAGUGUCGGAGAUCUCUCGAAUUACUCAACAUGACUAGCGUUGUUGACGAAGUUGAAAAGGAUUUUGGGAUUGAGGUUGAACCUACUGGGUCGGAUCGGCGCCUUGAAGGAUCACCUUCUACAAGAGAUGAUCAAGACGCCGACGAGUUACGUGACCUACUCAAAUCCAGGUUUGAAUGCCCUGCUUUUCUUGAAAAGUUGCAGUGUGCCCAGGCAUCAGAUUCAUGGAAUACAAUUGAAGAAGGUAAUUCUUGGGAUAUGGUCAGUGAGGAUGACCUAUGGAAAGGUGAAGAUAUUGAAUCAGACCAAGAAGGUUAUGUCCUUGUUCGACAGGAAGAUAUAGCAGAGGGAAUGGCUUGCUUCAUGGCUGCGUGUUUGCUAUCCCUCGACCAUACUAAGUUGCAGGACAUGACUCCUAAUCAACUUCAGAAAGUACUAAGAAAGACAUUCUCGGUGAAAAAGAAGAAGGGUAAGCUUCAAAAGGCAUGGGAUGGGAGCAAAGUUAUAUACAAUGUUGCGUCCUGGGGGGCUACAGCCAUUGGGAUUUAUCAAAACCCUGUUAUAAUAGAGGCUGCAACAAAGGCAUUGUGGACAUCUUGCCAUGUUAUCUCAAAGCUUCUCUAAUGUGCCAGUGAAGAGUGGAGAAGAGUUGUAGUGUAGUUAUUUACCCCCACCCCCUUUUUCGUCUUUUUGAUAGUCAUUAACCCCCUUUUUAUUAUAAUUAAUUAUUUACCCUUUUUACUUGUGCUUGUGCUGCAAAUCAGCUUGAUUUCCCACUUGUCAUUUAAAAUUUAUCUAAGUGGUUUGCCCCAUAAAUCAGUUGUAAAUAUCUCCUAAUUCAUCAAAUAUUAGGUUGAAUUUCUCAUUCACAAA